GUCCCGGCCAGCCGCUGGGGGCAGCAGGGACCCCCAGCCCCGGGGCUCCCCAGCCCGAGCCGGAGGUCCCCCCGGGGAGGCGGGCCUUGCGGCGCGCCGGGUGGGGGAGCCCGGCUUGGAUUGGCUGCUCCGGGAGAGGCGGGGAGCGGCGGGGCCGGGACUGGUGCAGCCGCUGGUGCAGAGCCCAGAUCUGGCGCAACAAGCGCAGCGGCGCGUCCUCCGGCUCCGCCCGGCGUCCUCCCAUGGCCGGUGCCUGCUCCUGGCUUCCAGCCGCGCCCUAGACCGCUCGGCUCCGGCCCGUCCCAGUGCCCGGGGGAGAAGGAGCGAGGAUGGGCACGGUGCUGUCCCUGUCCCCCCCCGCCGCCUCGGCAAGGGCGGCGGCGGGGGCCCCCUGGCGCAGGAGGCUGCCCCGGCCAGGGCGCACGGGAAAGGCGAGAGCCGGCUGAAGCGGCCCGGGGUGCUGAUCUCCGCCCUCACCUGGAAGCGCCUGGUGGCCGCCUCGGCCAAGAAGAAGAAGAGCGCCAAGAAGGUGACCCCCAAGCCGGGCAGCGGGGGGGCCCAGCCCGACCCGCUGGUGCAGCAGCGCAACCGCGAGAACCUGCGCAAGUCCCUGGGGGCGCAGCAGGAGGCGGGCGCGCCCGGCACAAAGCAGGGGCCCUUGGCCGUGCCGGUGCCCACGGUGCCCUCCGCCCCGCCGGAGCUGCAGUCGGGCGGGGGCAAGCCGCCCGCCCCUCCGCCGCCGCCGCCCCCGCCGCCCGGCAGCCGCGCCCCGGGCUCCCCCCGCCGGGUCAUCGUCCAGGCCUCCACCGGGGAGCUGCUGCGCUGCCUGGGGGACUUCGUGUGCCGCCGCUGCUACCGCCUGAAGGAGCUGAGCCCCGGCGAGCUCAUCGCCUGGUUCCGCAGCGUGGACCGGGCGCUGCUGCUACAGGGGUGGCAGGACCAGGGCUUCAUCACCCCGGCCAACCUGGUCUUCGUCUACCUGCUGUGCCGCGAGGCGCUGCGGGGCGAGGAGAUCGGCAGCCAGGGCGAGCUGCAGGCCGCCUUCCUCACCUGCCUCUACCUGGCCUACUCCUACAUGGGCAACGAGAUCUCCUACCCGCUCAAGCCCUUCCUGGUGGAGGGCGACAAGGAGCGGUUCUGGGAGCGCUGCCUGGCCCUCAUCCAGCGCCUGAGCGCCAAGAUGCUGCAGAUCAACUCGGACCCGCACUACUUCACCCAGGUCUUCCAGGACCUCAAGAGCGAGGGGGAGACCGGCGGCAGGAGGGACUCCGGCGCCAAGCACUGGACUAUCAGCCUGGACCGCUAGGAGGUACCUGGGGCCCCCACCCCCGCCGCGGAGCUGCCGGACUUCCCUUCCCCCCCAGCAUCGCCUGCCGGAGCCGCCGCCGAAACCUGCUCGCCCCUGGAGCUGCCGAGGGGGCAGCGAAGACCGGGCCCGUCUGCAGGCGGCGGGGGGAGGGGAGGGGCACAUCUCCUGCGGGGGGGGGGACAGGCUGCCCUGUCCAGAGGAGACCCUGAACCAUCAACCAAUGGCUUGGCUGCCGCUGCCUUCCCCGGAAGGGAGCGGGCUGCAUUUCGGGGGGGGGGGGUUAGAGGGAGGGGUGACUUGUCCUCCCAAGUGGGGGGGGGGCUCUUGGAUUUUUGGGUUUGUGGCUGGCCUGAGGCAUGAUUAGCCAGGUUACGUCUUUACAGCGGGAGGGGGCAGCUUCUCCAUGCUCUAAUCUCACCUUCAAGGGAGGGGACCGCCCCCCCCCAGCCCAACACCCGUGUGUUCUUAGCUGCUACUGUGAAUCACAGUACGGCGGGGGCCAGGGAUCUUGUAUUUUUUUUAACAAAAACAAUGGCUGUAAUUAUGCAUGCGAGUGUCUGUCCUUUCUCCAGCUACCGACUCUGCCAUCGUGGGUGUGUCACACGCAGCGCUGCGAUCAAUCCCCCCCCCACCCCCCCAGGUUCCCAGUCCUUGUCUCCGGAGAUGGGGGUGUCCCGUGCAGCGCGGGCUGGGGGACUCCCGGCGAGGAGCAGUAUUUCUCCCCCGAGUGGUGUUCUCCAUCCAGCCCCCUCCCCCUCUCUGGGGCUGCGGGGGGGCUGCCCCCCCCUCGGGAUCCGAGCCGAGAAGGCAGCCGCCUGCUGCCGGAAUGUAACGAGCCCCGGUGCCGCGGGAUGUUCGCCGUGCCAAUGUUGCUCAGAUGUACAAAACAGAAGCAUAUUGUUUUAUAUUGUAUAUUGCAAAGAGAGAUAAACCUACCGAGAC